AUGGCCAGGCAUGCCCGUCCGCCUGCUUCCGUCAGCAGCCAGGACGUGCAGAACACGCUCAACUGUGCCCUGGGGAAUCUGGGUGGAAAGCAAAAGAGCUGGAUGGUAGACCCGUCGGCCCAGCCAGCCCAGUCAGCGUCAGCCCUUCACCAUGGCCCUGCUGCCACUAGACCGCCAAUUCGCCAGGAUGCCCACUCUGUUCAACCCAGACGGCGGGGAAGACCCAGGAAAGACCAGCAGUCCACGCCUGCCACCGCGCCGUCGAAGCGACCUGCCCACUCUUCUCCAACCUUGCAUGCACUCCCCUUCACUCGAACUCCAUCAACCUCCAGCUCCCCACAUCUGGCCAAUCUCGUCUCCCCGCAACAUGCGGACCGCCGUCGCCAGUCACACGUCGCCAACUUUCCCUCGCCAAGGUCAAGGGAGGAAUAUCAAGUCACUUGUACCAGAUUGCCCACGCCCCCGCUUCACGAGCCAUCUGGUGGCCAGUUCGUAGAUGCCGAUUCGCGUCGUCAGAAUCCAGCAUACAACUCGAGCGUCGCUGACACCCCUUUGGAGCCAAUAUCCGCAGACCUGAUUCAGAAUGCUCCCAGAGAAGCUCCACUGCAACAAUUUCGCCCAACAAAUAUACCUCCGCAAGAACACACUCCUGACCAGGACCGGUUGCGCAUGGCGGAAAGUGAGACCAACGCGUCUCCACGAAGCACUGGCUCUGACAGAGUCCGCCGAGCCCCAUUAACAUCAGUACAGCGUCACCAUGGUCCAACGCUACAGCAAGCAAAUUCGCCUAGUCCGUCGCUCAAGCAGGUUUCCAGCGAGCAUGGACCAUUGCCUGAUCCGCCAUAUUCAUCACAAAGUGUGCAGGUUCAGCUUGCUGCAGUACCCUUCCAGCCUCAUGCACAACCUACACCACGCACAUGGUAUACUCAACAAGACUGUUGGCAGGCAAUACAUCGGUUCGAGACUACACAAACCCCGUCUUCACGUGGUCGGGACGUGAACCGUCUGCUCGUUCUGAAAACUGCCAUACAGCAACAGGAUUGGUUCUACCUCACCCUGCACCAGUACUACUGUAUUCUGGACGUUGAUCGGACUAUAGUGCCCAUGGCGCUGUUAUCCCAGCCCAGGUUACCGCAAGCCAUGCAGCUUCUGCGAGAUGUUCUGGGAGCCAAUAAUAACCUGUCGACUGUUUACUUGGACUUCUUCGCCACUUUCCCAGCUCCCAUUGAACAGGUCGCUGCACGGUGGCCGGUCAUGUUCGAGCAGCAGGGUCUCGGCUUCCUCCUGUUUCUAACCUAUUCGCCGGAUAUACAGACACUGAAGCACACAUGUGAUGAGCGUGGCUUCCCUUUACUCGCCCAUGAAAUGAUUGUCAACUAUAAGAUCGCCUCGUCGACCUUUCAGCGUCUGCUCUUCACAUCGUGCCUGCGCUGGAUCUGUCGAGGAUUUUCCCAGGGCCCCUAUGAUCCCUACUUCGAGACGAAAACAUUGACUAUUUUGGAGAAGAACCGGGUCGCCUUCUACCAGCACGCACUUCGCCCGCAACAGGAGCCAUUCGAAGAAGGCAUCAUGUUUGGACGGCCUUUAAGAAAGCUGGUGAAAGAGCAUGAGGCUGCUUUGCGAAAUCAGACACACUCGUUGGCUUCACGGUCCGCGGGGUCGGGUCAGUCGCGCUUGCUUCCCAAGCAAUCUCAACAACAAGCUAACCUCAAUUCAGGCCUUCUGACACCAACAUUGUCAUCUAACGAUAAAUCGGCACAUCAACAGCCUCUGCAAGGGGAUAUACUGCAGAUGCGGAUACAGGAUCGACCCCGAAGUAGGCCCGCGCUUCAAUCCAAUGCUUCAGUCUCGUCGCUUUCAACACAACGUUCAUACCAGUCCCACGGUUCGCCGCAAUCACGACCAGGGCCGUCCCACGCACAACGACCAAGGACUGGUGCCCCUUUACUCCCACCAUCAGGCUGGACUCAACCGCUUCAAAGGACACCAAACCCUGUGCGAUUCGGUCUACAUCAGGCUCACCUACGGAGCCCCGUACUAAAAGCUCCUUCUUCUCCGCGAUCCUCGUUGUUCUGCUUUGCGCAAGGCUUCAUCAAACAACCAGUACGCCUCUCAGAUGCUGUACGAGCGAUUGAAACUCUUUGCUUUACCUUGACGGCAACGGAGAUGAGCACAAUCGCCCGGGAGGUCACCAAUGAGCUUGGCUGCUCUACGAGGGCUGUCACCGAAGCGAGCAAGAUGAUACGCCUUCGGUGCAUUAAAUGGACGAGUGUUGUGCCCCCCAGUGAACAUGAGUGGGCCAUUGCUGACACGGCAUGGAUACCUUACUCCUACAUGCGGUUCAAUGAUACAGCGCUCGAGCAACGAAGAAAAGUACACUACGGCAAAGAUCAGCCGAUUGACAUGACGCAACUCGUCCAGGAAGGCGUCAAUACACUUGAAAUAACCGUCAUGAGUGCCUCCACCGAGACUUUGUACACGGAGUACCUUGUAGCCAUUGAGUCCCUCGGCAUACAAACUCGCGACUCUAUCAAAGAGGAAUGCCUCUCCCGCCGCGUUCCUGCUUCCACUGUGCUCGAGUCUAUCAAGCAGAAAUUUAGUGACCCAGGCGCAUCCGACGAUGACGAUGUAGCCAUUGUAGACGCUAGCCUCAACAUCUCCAUCUACGACCCCUUCUCUGCAUCUUCCAUUUGCGAUAUCCCCGUGCGCACCAAAUCGUGUGCACAUAAUGAUUGUUUCGACCUUGAAAUCUUCCUCAAUUCGCGCACUCGCACGGGCGACGUCACCAGAGCAGAUGUCUGGCGAUGUCCAAUUUGUGCGGCUGACGCGCGGCCCAGCCAGCUCAUUGUCGAUGGCUUCCUCGAAGAGGUGAAGCGCGAGUUGGAAAGCAAGGGGCUGGGGAACACGAGGACGAUUGUCGUGGGCGUGGAUGGCACGUGGAAACCCAAGUUGGGGAGUAGAGAGGGCGUGAGCGAUGAGACGCCGCCGCCAGAGGCGCAAGGGAGGCAGAGGCAAAUUAUUGAUCUUAGUGACUGA